GGUGCCGAAGUUUAUGAAGGCACGACCUGUUCCAUACGCGCUUCGCGACAAAGUGUCAGAGGAGCUGGAUCGGUUGGUAGAGGCCGGAGUUAUCUCACCUGUAAGCCAUUCGGAGUGGGCAGCACCGAUUGUACCGGUGCAGAAAAAGAACGGCUCGAUACGCCUGUGCGGCGAUUUUAAGUUGACAGCGAACAUGGCGUGCAACACAGAGCAGUAUCCGCUACCUAACAUAGCUGAUAUGUUUGCGUCGUUGCGGGGCGGUUCUUUAUUUAGCACCUUAGACCUUAGGGAUGCUUACAGCCAGGUGGCAUUGGAUGAAGAGUCGAAGGAAUUAACAGUCAUCAACACCCAUCGUGGCCUUUACAGCUUCAAUCGCCUUCCGUUUGGAGUUGCUUCCGCGCCGGCGAUUUUUCAGAGGAAGAUGGAGAGCAUGCUCGCAGAUCUGGAGGGCGUGCAAGUGUACCUGGACGACGUCCUGGUAGCGGAACAACCGGGAACCGACAACCUGAGCAGGGUGCUGCAACGCUUCCGGGACAUGGGUGUCAAGCUUCGGCGAUCAAAAUGCCAAUUUAGGAAGCCGGACAUCACUUACCUGGGCCACCAGAUCGACAAGGAAGGACUACAUCCAAUCGAGAAAAACUUGGAGGCCAUCCGAGAUGCACCGACGCCGUCAAAUGUUCAAGGAGACUCCUGGGACCUUGGAGCACCGGUGUGGGUCCGCAACUUCGGCCAAGGUGAAAGAUGGUCACCGGGGACCGUCCAGAACAAGCUCGGGUCAAGGAUGCUGGUCAUCGAGACUCCGGAGGGAACAGUCCGUCGACACAUGGACCAGGUCCGCGGCAGACAAGGUCCGACUGAAAGUCUGGGUGGCCCUAAAAACGGUUCGGACAACGUCGGGCCGCCAGUGACACUAGGACAGCCGGACAGCCAGGGGCCACCGAGCGAGCAAGACGCGCCAGCCCCCGACGGUCAAGACCAACCAGCCUUACGACGCUCAACGCGGACACGGAAACCGAUCGAUCGUUUGCAAUAUUAAGAGGAGAAGAAAUGUUGCAUUGUCAUUGUUUACAUCCUAUCUAUUCGCUGUUAUCAAGCCGAUAGCAGUUUCCCUGUUGACGUCACUAGUCGUGGCGUUCUCUAUAUAUCUGUGUUCGAAGCAAUAAAGGGGGCGUUGUCCCAUACUGGCUA